CUCCUUGUGAACUACGUUAACUGUAAAGAGGGCGUAGAUUAGUCUUUGAAGGCAGUGAAGGUGUCACGCGCUUUAGAAAAGAUUCAUUCGAAACCACCACAACUAAUCAUCAUAUAAAUUAUUUCUUUAUAGAAAACAUUUUUUAAAAAGUUCUGACUGUUAAGGAAAGCUAAUUAUGGUCGUCAAACUCGUCAGCAUAUUUAUUUUAGGGGACUGCGCACACGGACAUCAUACUGUGUAUUUAUUUUUCGGGUGGGAGGAGGUUGAUAACAAUAACCCAUAGCAAUAACCCUUUCGCACCACGUGAGCGGAAGUGUGUGACAUCAUCAAAACAGUGUACGCCUGGGUAGCGUCUGUUACCCUGUCUGUAUUACUACAUUUAGGGAUUGUUUGAAUUCCACGCGCUAUGUUCCGUUUCACGCGUGGCGUUGGUCGCUCCGACUGACCGCUCUGUACCGAGUGCGGCGACUUUGUUUAUUUCUUCGAUAGCCAAUAUCGAAAAACGCUAUGGUUGAGCAAUCGGAUCGCGCUCCGCUGCUGGACUGGGAGGAGGUUCCCCCGGCCGAACUUGCCCCAUCGGUUCCAUCACCGGAGACUGGGGAUGCAAUACAGUCCGGUCUAUCGAGUUACCCGGCCGAGGGCAGUGUAGGAGCAGAUUUCUCCUUAAACAGAAGCCCAGCGAGACCGAAUAGUGUAACAGCUGUUCCAGGUGAAAGUGCACAUUCUCCCUAUGAGCAGUACAGCGGCCCGGGAGGAGAUGCUUCUGCCACUGAUGAGGAGGGAGACUGCGCCUUUCAUGGACUGUCAGUCAGGGAUCGGAGGAUCACGGGGUCUGGAUGGGAAGAAAAAGAUCAGAUUGUUGCUGUGUUCGUUGUGACUUUCGACACCAGAUCGGGGAAUAUGAUAGAAUGGUGCCUACCUCAAGAUGUGAAUCUGGAGGGAGUAGAGUUCAAGUCAAUGGCCAGCGGCUCUCAUCGGAUCUCAAGUGACUUCAUAUAUUUCCGUAAAGGCUGUUACUUUGGACUAGCGUGCUUUGCCAACAUGCCUGUGGAAAGUGAGCUGGAACGAGGAGCUCGGAUGAAAUCUGUAGGGAUUUUGUCUCCUUCUUACACACUGCUAUACCGUUACAUGCACUUCCUGGAGAACCAAGUCCGGCACCAGUUGCAGUGUCCAGGCCAGUACUCUCCACUGGAAGCUUUCUAUGAGGAUAAAAAGGCAGUGUUGCCCCCAGGAGGGAACGGUUUGGUCACAGCCUGCCCAACCAGUGCUCUUGGACCCAUAGUCAACCGCUGCAUGCAUCCAGAGAUGAAGAUUACACACCCGGCUGGCUGCAUGUCCCAGUUCAUCCGCUUCUUUGGAGAGCAGAUUAUGGUGCUGUGGAAGUUUGCUUUGCUCAGGAAACGCAUCCUUAUUUUCUCUCCUCCCCCUGUCGGUGUCGUCUGCUAUCGAGUAUACUGUUGCUGCUGCCUUGCUAAUGUGUCCAUUCCUGGGAUGGGCAUGUCUGUUCCGGAGUUCCGCCCCUUCUUUUACAUCAAUGUUGCUGACAUCACUGCUCUUGAGGCUGAGCCGUCUUAUGUGGCCUGUACAACAGAGAAGAUCUUUGAGGAAAAGAAGGAGCUGUAUGAUGUCUACAUUGACAAUCAGAAUGUAAAGACACACAGAGAGAGCCUCCAGCCUCUGCUCAGACUCAACAGUGCAGACAGAGAGAAGUAUCGCAAGCUGUGUGAGCAGAGGCAGAUGCUGCUGUACUCUCAAGAGGUGGAUGGAGACUGCGCAUCCAGUGAGGAAGACCUCUUCAUUUUGUUCUUCAUGGAACAGAACAACAGAAUCUUCCAGACUCUGUCCGAGUUGGCGGGGAGCGCCGAUCCUACCCUGACUGCUGAGCACAUGAGAGCCAUGGGGCUGGAUCCUCAGGGCGACCGCGGUUUUCUCGUCGACCUGCUGGAAAUCUACGGCAUCGACGUCAUGCUGGUUAUCGACAACCCCUGCUGCCCGUAAGACUCUCUGUCUCUGCCGCUCUCUCUGGAGCCCAUUUUCUAUUUGGGCUACAACACACUGCCUACUGAUUACCUGCUUUCUUUUCUCUCUUUCUCUGGCUUGGCUAUCUCAGGAGCCAUUCCUGACACCUCUGGACCACACUGAUACUGCCAACACCAACAAGGUGCAAUCCAACUGCAGGCUUUUUGUGCACUUUGCGGCCAGUCAAUCCAGUGACAUCUUUCUGCUUGUCAGUCUGUCUGUUUGUGCGCUUAGUAUCCUUCCAGCCAUCUUGGAUUUCUUCUCGACUCUGCCUAAGCUUGUUUCCAAAACAUGAUCUCUGUGCCUCUCUUUACUGCUUUUCAAUCUGUGGUCUUCAGUUGUGACUUUGUUCUUCUAGCCAGUGCUGUCUGGGGGAACUGAUGUGACGUCCCCAGUGGAUAUAAAUCUGCUUCACUCGGACACCAGAGAAUCGGAAAAGCAACUCUCACUUCCUGGAUCCUCCUGUUUUUUGCUGGUAACGACGGUUUGGUAAAGUCUGCUUUGAAUGUCAUAUCCGUAUUUCUAAAAGUUUUAUGGUUGUUGCAUAUAAUACACUACUGUGAUGGUGAAGAUUUUCACAAUCUCUGCCACAUUUUUUGAACUUAAUCAUGUACAUGUGAACAGUCAUUUCGUUUUGGGGAAAAAACUGUCAUCUGUCAGUGUGUUUGUUGUGUUAUUUGUGAUCUAUUGUGCAUGAACAAAGAGACACAUCAGUUUUGCUACUGUAGUUUGGCACAGAACUUAUUCAUGUAUAUGAAUGGGAAUGAACAACACUGUAGAAGGUUCUCGGUCAUUCUUAUUUCACUCCCCAAAUGUUGGCCGAUGAAUGUGAUUUGUCAUUUCAAUGCCUCCCAUUUGCUGUUAUUACGCCCACUGAACGGGUAUCAUUGUACUAAAAACUGAUGAAAUGGAGUUGUGUUUUUGUUGCUGGAUAGGCCUUUAAUCACUAUCACCCUUGUCAUUGAAUGUAAAUUGUACAUUUAAUGCACCGGCUGAUGCACAUAUGAUGCAAAUGGACACAGAAAUGUGACAUUCAGCUUAACUUGCUCUGAAGAAACGAUUGUGAUUCUAUUCCUGUCUUUGUCAUUAGUGAAUGCUCAUGAUUAUUACUCGUGAAAGACUGUAUAUAUUUGGGGUUUCUUAUUUAAAUGUAUUGGGGUCGAUCAUUUCAGAAUAACAGCAGCAGACUGGCCUUAAAAAGGCUGAUUGAUUGUGAAUUUGUGUGUGUUUAUAUGUUCAUCCUGUGAAAACCCAAAAUAGACAUUUAAUUAUUCAAAUGAUUUGUAGAGCUGCAUUAAUAUAGGUGAAAUUUAAAAGAAAAUUUAAAUGGAAACGUAUUUACUUGACCUAUUCAGUUUACAUUUUAAAGUCUCUAUCCAUCUAAAUUUCAACCUGCUAACGAAAUAACACAUUUCUGAGGAAUGAGUGCAGGCACUCAGGUUUGUAACAGUUUGAUGGUUCUUAAAUUGCAUUGAAUAAAAUAUUUAAAUUAAUCAAUAAUACUGUUGCUUAUAACCUAGAUUUGCUUAAAUGUGAUUUUUUUUUUUUUUUACAUUUAACUAUCAGAGAAAUUAAGAGAGAACUUCUGUAUUUUAAAUCCUCUUGAAGGAUGUGGGUCGGUUAUUUAGUGUCUGAUUGUAAAUGAAUGGAGAAUGUAAAGUAAGCAGCCAUGUAACAUAAUUGUACAGGUUGAAUUGUCUGGUAUUGUGUAUGUGAGAUAUUUUUUGUGCGUUAUCUAUGUGUUACACAAGUCUUUGUCAUAAUAACAAGCGAAAUGAAUGUUGAGUUUUACUCUACUGGUAUCACAAAGCACUAGUGUAAUGCCUCUGUCUUACACACUACCUAUACAGUAAUACAAACAGCAUGUGUCUGUUGUUUUAAAGCCAGUGAUUCUUAUUCACUGCCAUUUUGAAAUAAACAGCUUUCUUUUCUAGCA